GCGGACCGAAGGGCGUUUGGCGGCUGCGCAGUAAGGAGGAGGCGGCAUUGUUGUAAUCAUGUCUCUGGCCGUGGAAGAGCAGGAAGAGGCGAGCGGCGGGACCAAGAUGAGAGCUGUAUCUGUGGAUUUAAAUAUUGACCCUUCAUUACAAAUUGACAUCCCUGAUGCACUCAGCGAAAAAGAUAAGGUGAAGUUCACAGUCCACACUAAGACUACACUGCCAGCUUUUCAGAGCUCAGAAUUUUCUGUUACUAGACAGCAUGAAGAUUUUGAGUGGCUACAUGAUACGUUUACUGAAACAGAAGAGUAUUCAGGACUAAUUAUUCCACCAGCCCCUGCAAAGCCUGACUUUGAUGGCCCUAGAGAGAAGAUGCACAAGCUUGGAGAAGGAGAAACGUCAAUGACAAAAGAGGAAUUUGCCAAAAUGAAGCAAGAGUUGGAAGCGGAGUAUCUUGCUGUCUUCAAGAAGACUGUAUCAGCACAUGAACUCUUCCUUCAAGAAAUUUCUUCUCACCCUGUUCUCAGCCAAGAUCACAACUUCCACAUCUUCCUUGAAUAUGAUCAGGAUUUAAGCGUUCGGAGGAAAAAUACCAAGGAAGUGUUUGGUGGCUUCUUUAAAAUUGUGGCAAAGAGUGCUGAUGAAGUUCUGUUCUCUGGGGUUAAGAAUGCAUUCCUAUGGGAAACCGCUCUUCGCAAGAUGAAGGGGUGGGAUUGCAGGUACUUGAUGAAAAUGUCUGAACUCUUUGAGAAACUCAGGAAAGUAGAGAAUCGUGUUUCUUCUGAUGAAGAUCUGAAACUGUCAGAGUUACUAAGGUAUUAUAUGCACAAUAUAGAAGCAGCAAAGGAUCUCUUGUACAGACGAACACGUGCUCUUGCAGACUAUGAACAUUCAAAUAAAGCUCUGGAUAAAGCUAGAUUGAAAAGCAAAGAUGUCAGGUUGGCAGAAGUACAUCAGCAAGAGUGCUGUCAAAGAUUUGAAAAAAUUUCUGAAUCUGGAAAACAAGAACUGAACAACUUCAAACAGAAACGAAUUGCAACAUUUCGUAAAAAUCUAAUUGAAAUGACUGAACUAGAGAUCAAACAUGCAAAGAACAAUGCUUCUCUUGUGCAAAGCUGCAUUGAUUUGUUAAAGAACAACUGAAGAAUCUUAAUCUGACAUGUGAAGGCAGGGGAAAGUACUCUGCAACAUAUUCAACAAUGUUAUAAAACUCAUUUCUAGCUUGAUUUCCUUAAAAUAAUUUGUUUGGCUGGAUACUUAAGCAGGCACUAAUGACAUAAAUAUCAGAUAUAAAUAUUAUGCUACAUAUCGAUAUGCUUGAAAUGUGACUAGCAUUGUGUGAAUUCUCUCAGGUGAACAAAUAAUUAGAUGUAUUUAUAAACUCUUGUGGCAACUGGCUUCUGGGAAAACUAACAAUGAAAUUGAGUGUGUGUAGCAGAACAUUGGAAAAGCACUAUCUGUCAUUGCAUACUGUAGAUAUACCAUGAUUUCCAACUUCUCAUGGUAUAUAUGUAAUGACUACAGCAAACAUUUCUACUAUUUUCUAAGAAACUCCUUUGGCAUUCCAUUUCAUAGACUUCUAUUGCAAUGUAUUUUGAAUUAUUGUAUUUUCUUGAACAAUACAUAAUAAAGACCUUUAAUCAUG